CUUAUGAUUCUAAUGUAAAACGCCGCAAAUGGUACAAGGGAGAUGCGCUAGAAUGACUAUGCUAUGACAGGACUAUGGACGUCUUUGGAACUAGAUGGGUUAGAUAAUUGGCAACCCUUCUCUGUAGACUGCUUAUCAUUUCUGAAUGCAUUUGACAGCAUGUUUGUCUGGGGCAGGCCCGAUAGAGCUCACAAAGUACAACUUGUUAGCUUUAUAAGCUUUCCCAUCCUCGGCCCCUCACUGGUACACACUUAGCUUCAACUCUCUCACAUCCUUCUCUCUGUAGGUAGAGACUCACUGCCACCGAAAACCGUGCAUGGCUUCUGCAAAAACUCCACCUGAAAGUCUCCAAGCCAUCCCAACUACAGUUACAGUUUCCCAACAGAGACACCCAAAUGUGGCCAAGGAAGGACACGAGGGCGUGGACGCCUGGCUGCAGGCGUUAGGUGCCUUUCUCAUCUACACAGCAACAUGGGGUCUGUUAAGUGCCUAUGGCUCGUACGAAAGCUUCUAUGAAACAACCCUGUUGUCUUCCACGCCCUCGGCCACAAUUUCUUGGGUUGGCACGCUACAGGGUGUCAUUCUCAUCUUGGGGGGCGUCAUAACGGGGCCGAUUUUCGAUCGUGGAUAUAUCAGGGAGCUCUUAGUUAUAGGCACAAUAACCACAGUAUUGGGUGUCAUGAUGUUGAGCUUAGCCCGCGAGUACUACCAGAUUCUUCUGGCACAGGGUGUUUGUGUCGGUAUCGGAAGUGCAAUCCUAUAUGUGCCCAGCAUCAGUCUCGUUGCAUCGAGGUUUCAACAACGUCGGCCAUUGGCCAUGUUCAUAGCCACCACCGGAACCGCAUUUGGUGGGAUAAUCUACCCCAUCAUAUUCUCGAGACUCCAGCCCAAGCUCGGCUUCCCUUGGGCAACUCGAGUUCUCGGCUUCGUGACGCUGGGUGAAUUAAUUAUAGCGAUGGCAAUCAUGUUACCCAACACCAAGAGCAAGGCUCCCCAUAAUGUCCGCUCCCUUCUGGAUCCCACCGCAUUCCGCGACCCAGCGUUUAUGGCCUUCUGCAUAGCUCUAUUCCUCAUGUGGAUCGCCUACUGGGUCCCCUUCUUUCUACUCCCCACUUUUGCCCAGUUCAAAGUCGGCGCAAGCUCAAAUCUAGCCUUCUAUGUCCUAGUCAUCUGUAAUGCAUCAACCAUUCCUGGUCGGUACCUGGCAGUGCCACUUUCAAACCGAUUUGGGCCCGCGCUCACCAUGGGCGGCUUCGCGCUGGCAUCCAGUGUCCUCCUCUUCGGCUGGAUUGGUGUUAAAUCAGUGGGCUCCACCGUCGUCUGGGCGGUGCUCAUUGCUUUGUUCAUGGGGCCACUAGCAGUUUUAUAUCCAAUUAUUGUGCCUCAUCUUUCGCCAGAAAAAGACCUCGUUGGCACAAGGAUUGGUAUAUCAUCGGCUGCGGCGGCGCUGGGGACUUUAGUCGGCUUUCCAGUUACAUCUGCCUUGAAUGACAUUGAGACAGAGGUGUUCUGGAAGAGCCAGUGUUUGAAUGGUUGUUGCAUGUUUGGCGGGGCUGUUUUGAUGAUAUACGUCUAUUAUAAGAUGCCCAGAACUUGACCAUUGUGGCACACCGGUCUUUCGCUUAUUUUCUCAAAGACUGGUCAUGUAACGGUUGGGCCAUAGAGUCAUGUUUGAUUGUUCACAUAAAAAUCCCUAGCGCCUUAGUGAUCUUCCAUCUCUGCUUACUUUCGACGAAGGUGGUACGUGAAGUACUAUACAUAUAGGUAGGUGGUUACAAUAGAGU